AGAAGCAAACGGUAAAAAAUAAUACCCCCCUUUCUCUUAUUUCUUUUCGUUUGGUUUUAAAGGACAAACAUACUUAGAUGUCCCUGGAUAAUGAUAUAACAUUCAUUUUUUCAGGAAAUAUAGAAAAAAGAUGUUAUUUUAUCAAAUUUGUUUAUAGUGGCCUACUUUUAUUGUUAAAUUACUUUUACCAUGUUAGUGUUCCACAAAAACUUACCUCAGAGGAUUUUUUUUUGCGAUUUAAGAUCCUGUUUGCAAAUAAGCCUCAAGAAUAAGUUCCACACAAAAUUUAGAGAAGAAAAACAUUUAAAAUUAACGAACGUAUACGUCUUUUCAUUAAUAAAAUGACGUCAUUCAAAAUUUUCAUGGAAACGAGGCAUCCUAUGCCAAAAAUUUUGAUUGGGAAGGCGGCGAGAAAAACAUUUUGAAUGAAAACGAGAUGAAUUUGUUUUAAUGGAGAUAAUAUUAUCUCCCAUUUAAUUUCUCUCGUGUCUCCACUAUAAAAUGGCGUAAUCAUUAUAUCUCCAUGAUCUAGCAACUCAGCUAAUGGCAAAACCUUGCGAAAGCAGUAAGCUUCAAUUCUUUUUCGCGAAGGAAGGAAGAAGUAUUGUUGUUUAACUCUGAUUUUAUUUUUGCUAGCAACUAACUUUAAAUGCAGAUAUGGAUUUAUACAUAGAAGUUCCUGAUUUCUACAACUUUUUUGAAGAUUCUCUUGUUGAUCCUACGUCUAUCAAACUACAAGAAGAUGACAUUGAUGAUGAUACUGUUCACAUCGAUGUUAAAAAUCUAGCUUGUUAUAAAGCUGAACAUUUGAAGAAGUGGUUAAUUUAUAGAGGUGAUACCCUGAAAAGAAUAGACACUUUGAAGGAGACACAAGUUAUGGUGCUGCAGUACUACAAAAAUGACACACAAAAUAACAUUGUAGAUCCAACUAGUGAUAAAAAAUGGCUGAGAAAAAAAGCUGAGAAACUUGGAAUUUUGUUAUCACCGGGGAAGACGAAUAAUGGGAAUAUCAUUAUCCAAUUCCCAGAGGUGUUAAGGAACGAAAUAGGUCAUCCGAAAAACGCAGCUGGAUGGACAAAAGACAUCACAAAUUUGCCAAAAAUAACAAUAUACGAAAUCGAACAGUACCAUAAAAAGAUCAAUGACCUGGUAUUAGAAAAGUCUCUCAAAAUUAAAAAAACAUUUACUCGGGGUGCACAAUUCCUGGAAGAAAAUUUUAUUGAUGUUGGUUCAAUACAUGCAAAGGAAAAUGAUAAUAUAUUUAGUUUGAAAGGUGUGUGUGGUGCAAGCUUGAAGAAAGCAGAUAGAUGGAUUUUUGUUGCCAUUGAUAAAUUAUCAAGUGAAAUCUUGUAUUGUUUUUGCCAAUGUCCAGCUGGAAAGGUGGGAACUUGUUCUCAUGCUUACGCUUUGAUGAAGUUGUUGGCUAAAUGGGUCCUGGAUAACUUAAAAAUUAUUCCAGAACCGAAAGCAUGCACAUCAAAGGCCUGUGAGUGGUCAGUUCCUCAGAGUAGAAAUCGUGUUGAUAAAGUCCCAAAAUCGGAUAUAACCAUCACUUCCCCAGUUUUGAAACGAGGAAAUACAAAUGACGAUACAGAAUACAAAAAGCGCAGUGGAAAUAAAACGACAUUGUAUGAUGCUAGAGCCGACCAUACAAAACAUGAGCCAGCUUAUAAUUUGGAAGUUUUUUUGAAUAGCGACACUAAUAAUCAUGCUAAGAAAAUCAUAAAUCCUAAUCCGCUUCUGUUUACAGAUAUGGAGUAAUGCCGAUUGGUUCUUUAUCGCAUCAAUGUUCCCCAAUGCCAGCUGAUUUCGCUGUAUAUUCUAGCAUUUCUACAGUCACAGGAAACC